AUGCGACCAGAAGAAUCACGGGGGAAGCUGUAUUUUGGUGACCUCUGCCUUGGAUGUUACUACGAGCCUAUUACAUACUUCAAAGCUGAAAUUACCGUGGGUGAAGAAGUCGUUUUUCAAGGCGAAAAUCGGGUUCUGGUUGACUCAGGAACUUCGUUCACAUUUGGACCGAAAGUGGAAGUUGUGGCAAUAAACAAACGCCUCACCCAAGAAGCAGCGCAUCACGGCGUGUACAUUGUUGACUGCCGGAGAAUACUCAACUUCCCUUUGGUCAAGUUUUCGAAUGGGGAUUCUACACUGACGUUAUCACCAAGAGAAUAUAUCUUUCGAGUAAAUGAAAACAACUCAGAUGCGUGUGAUAAAAAUGAUGCACUUUGUGUGUGGGAAUCAAACCGAAUAAAAGUAAUCGAAACCGCAAAAUCCUGUCACCUCAGUAUCAAAUCGUUCUGCUGUAACACCAUUUCGGUGCCUAGCUGCCAUGCCUCCCGAAGGAAGCACAAGGGCUGGGAUACUGUCAGGUUGCCCAAACCUAGAUGGAGUAAAUCGAGAGGCAGUGGCCGGUUUCGAACCACGGGCCUUCAGUUAAAUUUGAGAGUACGCAUUGUUCCGGCCAGUAAUCAGCUCAUUGGGACAGUAAGUUUCGUUCGAAUAGUCAUCGAAUUUCGAAGAGUGCCCGAUGAUCAACAGCUUAGGGGGCAACUCUGCUUCAGUUCAUUUGCAUAUCGCGUUGGUAUAACAGAAAGUUUUUGGAGAUUCGGGGCUGCACUAAAUCGAAUGUUCUACACAGUUUAUGACAAAGAAGAGGAACGUGUGGGAUUCGCUCGUUCAAAGAUUCAACAAGAUCCCUAA